CGCGGUUUCCUGUACUUUCCAGACACCGCGGAAGCGAAACGAUAGGGGGCAUCCAGUAUGGCGGCAACCUUCUGCACCUACCCCGCCGCUUCCGCCGCCGCAAACCCUACCCGUCGCCGCCUCACUCCGCCCUCCGCCGUACCUGCUGCCCGUAAAUCCAACCGCCAACCCCCCUCUUUCCUCUCUUUCCGGCGCCCCAAUGCAGCGCUGCCGCCGCUCCGAGUAGCCGGCGCUGACCCACAGGUUGUAAAAGGGGAAGAUUUCCCUCCUAUGAAUGACCUAAUUCGACUAUACAAGAAAGCUUUUCUAGAUGGAAACAAUGAUGUUGUUAGUGACAUCGAGAAGGCAAUCGCUGGCCUGGAGGAAGAGAGAAGUAAAGCAGCCUCUCAGUUUGAAAGUAUUACAGCUGAAAUAAUUUCGGGGAAGAAUAAGUUUCUUCGCUUGAAUGCUGAUCUAGAGAAUUUCCGGAAGCAGACUGAAAAGGACCGUGCAAAGUUUACAUCGAGUAUACAAGUGGAUCUUGUGCAGAGUCUGUUGCCUCUAGUUGAUAGCUUUGAGAAGGCAAAUGUAGAGGUCACCCUGGAGACUGAUAAGGAGCAGAAGAUUAGCACAAGCUAUCAAGGCAUUUACAAGCAAUUAGUAGAAACAUUGAAAAGCUUAGGUGUAGGGGUUGUUGAAACUGUCGGCAAGCCAUUUGAUCCAUUGGUUCAUGAAGCUAUCUCGAGAGAAGAAUCCACACAGUUCAAGGCAGGGAUUGUCUCACACGAAGUUCACCGAGGUUUCCUUUUGAGAGAGAGGGUGUUAAGGCCUGCCACUGUGAAGGUCUCUACUGGUCCUGGUGACCAAAACGUGAGCUCCGCAUCCUCAGAGGAGCCUGUGGAGGAUACCAAAGAGGAUGCCACUGUCUGAAUCCGCCGUCAACCUGGAGCAGAAGUAGCAAGUCGUUGUAGCUAGAGCACCAUUGUCUGGGAGCUCACAUUGUACUGUUAAUAUGGACCGGAGUCUUUUGAUUCCAAAGGAGUCCCUUUUGAAACAACACAUAUGAGAAUGUACAUUUAUGCUGAUUGCAAGGAUCCUAAAGAACUUUUUA